GGAUUUUUGAAAUUAAACUAACGAAUCGGGGCUAUGUUUGGAGCCAUCUUCGGACGCCACAUUGUUUUUUCUCUCUCUCAAGAGACGAGCGUUAAUAGCGUUGAGGUUUCAAGACGCCUAGCGUAACAUCAUUCUUGAAUUACUCGAUCCCUACUGUCCGCUGCAGUGAAAGAAUUGCAACAUAAACGAGGUUAACGUUGCGUACCAUCGAUCGUUUUCUGGAGUGGUUCCUCAGGGUCGUCGUGUAAUUUCCUACACUUUGACUAUGGAGACCGCUGCCAGGGUCAAACAACAAAACGAUCUAAAAGUUCAGAGGCCUGAAAUGAAGCUAGCAGAAGACGGACCAAUGCGUAUCCCCAUCUCCCACCAGUCACAUAUGGCUUCUAAGCAUUUAAUAGCCCCGUCCCACCAACCGCAACGUAUUCUGUCAGUGUCUAAUGGGCCACAGCGCUGCGUGCAGCCGUUAAGACACAAUAAGUCUGCACCUCAACUCCCCAGUGUCACCAGGUCUGCUCAACCCGCUGAUCAGAAUGUCAAACCGGCGACCACAAAUGUGAAUCUGCAGCCCAAACUUGCUGUCCAGCGAAGCCAGCCCAAGAUGAAUGAACCCAAAGUGAACCUGGGGAUGACAAAACCUGCUGUAGGAGCCACUAAACCAGCUAUUGUACCUGCUGUAGGAGCCACUAAACCAGCUAUAGUGCUAUCUACAAAACCUGCAACGCAAGCUGUAAAACCUGAGAUACCACAGAACAAACCACCCAAGAAAGAUUCUGCAGACUCAACAUCAUCAAAGAGCAAGAAGCGCUGGAGUCUGGACAGCUUUGAAAUCGGCCGGCCACUGGGAAAGGGCAAGUUUGGCAACGUCUACCUAGCCAGAGAGCGCCAGACCAAAUUCAUCCUGGCCCUGAAGGUGCUCUUCAAAAAGCAGUUGGAGAAGGCAGGUGUGGAGCACCAACUGAGGAGAGAGGUGGAGAUCCAGUCUCAUCUCAGGCACCCCAACAUAUUGCGCCUUUAUGGCUAUUUCCACGACGAUUCCCGGGUGUACCUCAUUCUCGAGUACGCCCCCAAGGGCGAGCUCUUUGGUGAGCUGCAGCGCUGUGGCUUUUUUUCUGAAGAUCGCAGUGCCACGUACAUCAUGGAACUAGCGGACGCCCUGGACUACUGUCACUCAAGGAAGGUGAUCCACAGGGACAUUAAGCCUGAGAACCUCCUGCUGGGCGCCCACGGCGAGCUGAAGAUCGCAGACUUUGGUUGGUCCGUUCACACGCCGUCAUCCAGGAGGUCGACUUUAUGUGGAACACUGGAUUAUUUGCCCCCCGAAAUGAUCGAAGGAAAGACCCAUGAUGAAAAGGUGGACCUGUGGAGUCUUGGUGUGCUUUGCUACGAAUUCCUGCUCGGGAAACCACCAUUUGAAACCAAGUCUCACGAGGACACGUAUCGUAGGAUAUCUAGGGUGGAGUACUCGUACCCGUCGCAGUCAAGCGUCAGCGCGCUGGCCAAAGAUUUGAUUUCUCUCCUGCUGAAGCACAACCCGGCGCAGAGACUGCCCAUACAAGGGGUUCUCUCUCAUCAAUGGGUGGUCCAAAACUCCACCAAGAAACCCAGUACCCACACCACGGAAGAGACCAGACAGUAAUGCAAUCAUUUCAUCUUUUCUUCCCGUUUCCAUUUUUCUUGUAAAUAUUUCACUGUUUUUUUUUCUAAUAACUAAGAAUUUUAUUGACUUUUGAGAUGUCGUUACUUGAAAUAAAAUAAAUUAUCCACCUGCACUUUCCCCCCUAGUGCCCUCCAGAUUUUUUUCUUGGAGUGCUCUUUUGUCCUUGGACAGCAGGGGCCGCCAGUGCAACACUAUCGCUCAUACGGAUUGUGACGCGUUUCUCCCGCUGUCUCUUUGUGCUCGAAUUGCAUUUGUAGCUCCAAUAAAAGUGUUGAAACCUAA